AUGGACAUGAUGAUGAUGCUGCAAGAGGAAAGCGGUAAUAUAUUGUUCGGUUACGGCACGUUCCAGGGGUUCCAGCCAAGUAAGGUCUUGGUGCUUGGAAGGAAGUCCGAGGUCCCAUCAUCUCGCCGACAAGCGGUCAAUAAUCAUUGGGUUGGGACCAAAGUCAUCGCAUCCUCCCCCAGUGCCCCCACCUUCACCACUCCGGAAAAGGUGGCUGUCAAAAGAUUCGCCCAAUGGCAAUCCAGAUUGCCCUCAACUGUGGAGUAUUGCCUUUUGAUCCUGCAGGAUCAAAGAGGCGUUGGUUCUGCAGCCGGGAGAAAGAGUAAUCCUGGAGGAGGCACUGGCACCGACGACGAACUCAGACUCGGCAUUACCACGGAGACAAGAAGGAACAAUAGGAUGCUCACCUCUCACUUCCACUCGAAUCCUUGA